GCCAAACCAUCCUACCAAAAGCAAUAAUGCCAACAGGUAUGGAGUCGACAGAAUCCCGCGGGCUGCCGUACGACGUCCUGUUCGAGGAUGCGUCGCAGGACUAUACGACACCGCUGCCGACUCCAAAUGACAUAGAGAGUGGGGAAAUCAUUCCCUAAUAGAGAAUAGGGUGCCAAUGUUAUCAAAAUCCAGCAGAGAUUUAUCAUGGAAUUCGGUAGAGAUGUCCGUCCAAUCGAAGCCAAUAACAUGCUCUACGUAGCAAAGCACACUACGAUACCGGUAACUAGGGUCUAUGCAAUCUAUCAAAGAAAAGAGGACAAGACAACCAUCACCUACAUUCUCAUGGAAUAUAUACCAGGGAAGUCACUGAUGGACCUGUGGAGCGACAUCGAUCCGACGCGCAAGACUUCAACUGCCCGUACUCUUCGCACAUAUUUCGAUCAGCUUCGGCAAUUGAAACUCCCUGGGUACUUUGGCACAAUCCACGGUGGUCUACCAAAUAUACACUUAUUUCUGCAAGAUGAUAUUACAGGGCCAUUGAAGAGCGAAAGAGAGUUCGUCGAUGCUAUUGUUCGAUCAUACGCCAUUGAGCUUGGCCCAAGAGGGGCCCAAAAGGUUCGGUACUACCAACGAGUUUUUCCAGCCAUCUUCAACGGUGACAAUAGUUCCGUAUUCUCGCAUAACGACCUCCAAUGGAAGAACAUCAUGUUAUUAGACGAUGGGUCGUUGGUUAUAAUCGACUGGGAGUAUGCGUCGUGGAGUCCUGUUUACUGGGAGUAUUUUGUGGCCAUGUUUUGCUGUCUCGCUUGGACUGUUUACUGGCAUGAAACUACGAUGGACCCAGACACCGAAAAGGCGAGGGGUGAAGAGCCGAACCCCGAGCAACCCAAGCCUAGUGCCGACUUCCCAGAUGGAGGGUUGAAAGCAUGGUCCGUUGUCGUGGGGGCCUUUUUUGGGCUUUUCGUCAGUUUUGGAUGGACCAACUGCGUUGGCCUCUUUCAAGGGUACUACGAAGCAAAUCAGUUGCGAGACUUGUCACCCAGCAAUGUCUCAUGGAUACCAGCCUUGUCGAUGUUUAUGAUGUUCAUUACUGGACCUUUCGUGGGGCGAGCAUUUGACAACUUCGGUCCGCACUACCUUCUCUUUACCGGUACACUGCUGCACGUAUUUGGGUUGAUGAUGGCAUCGAUAUCGUCCGAGUACUACCAGUUCAUCUUGUCCCAGGCGAUCUGCAGUCCUCUAGGUGCAGCCAUGGUUCUGUAUCCGUCAUUCAGCUGUGUCACAACUUGGUUCCGACAAAAGCGUGCUCUGGCAUUGGGAAUCACUGCUAGCGGCUCUAGUCUGGGUGGUACGAUUCUGCCUAUUGUGGUUAAUCGCUUGAUACCACGUAUUGGGUUUGGGUGGACGAUGCGUGUUUGCGCUUUCCUCUUAUUUGGUUUGCUUGUCGUGACGAAUUUAACAGUCCGAUCCCGAAUUGCACCUCAGCCGAAGGAGGCUGGCAUCGUAGCUUAUCUCCGGCCUUUUACAUCGCUCUCAUUUGUGCUUACCUCGUUGGCGGGCUUCUUCUACUCCAUGGGAAUGUUUAUUCCCAUUACUUUCAUGGUAACCUACGGUGAACAUGUUGGCCUAUCAAACAAUAUGGCAGGGUAUCUAGUCUCGAUCUUCAAUGCAUCAAGUGGAAUCGGGCGUAUUCUGCCAGGAUAUAUAGCAGAUAAGGUUGGCAGCUUCAACGUGUCAAUAGCAGCCGCGACUCUUUCAACGAUCUUUAUGCUGGCAUUGUGGCUGCCAGGGCAUAGCCAUGAGUCAGCCAUCGCUUUCGCCGCCUUGUUCGGAUUUAGUUCCGGCACGUACACAGCCAUCAGCCCUGCCUUGGUAGCGCACAUCUCGAACCUUGAAGAAAUAGGCUCCCGUUCUGGGACCAUGUACGCGUUCAUGUCUGUGGCUGCCCUUACUGGCAGCCCAAUUGGGGGAGCUUUGAUCUCGAGUGCAGACGGUAGCUAUUGGAAGCUUCAACUUUUCGCUGGCUGUAUGCUUGGUGCCGGAACGGCGUUAUAUGUCGCUGCGAGGCUGUACAUAAGUAAGGGUAGGCUAUGGGAGAAAGUAUAA